CUUUCCCCCCCGCCCCUAGCCACUUUCUGUCAGUUCCGUUUAUUGCGGCAUUUUAAAACACCCUCCUCACCCCGCCGAGAGCCCCCCGAAAGUGCAGGGAGGAAUGCUUGUCCUCUGUCCACGUCCCUCGAAUACAUUAAUUCGAAUCUGCAGCUCCAACAAACGACCGGUACCCUCUCUACCUGUCUCUCCCGCACUGCGAGUCCAUCCUUCGCCGCAAUUGAGCCGUAGAAUUCACGCGACAAGGUCGUGGCUGUCUCCCACGAAGAACAACACCCCUCGAAAACUGGCGAUUUCCACCCGUCUCGGAUCGGUGACACGGCAUUUCUCGAGUGCCUCCCCCGCUCUGUCCAAGAUAUCAGAUACAAUGGCGCCAAUCGACAGUGUAGAGGUAAAGAAAUAUGAUUACAUCGUGAUCGGGGGUGGGAGCGGAGGCAGUGGUGCUGCACGGAGAGCGGCGGGGUGGUAUAAAGCGAAGACAUUGAUCAUUGAAAACGGGAGAUCGGGAGGGUGCUGCGUCAAUGUCGGGUGUGUUCCAAAGAAAAUGACGUGGAAUUUCUCCUCGAUCGCAGAGUCACUACGUGACGGUGUGCAUUACGGUUAUGAUAUCCCCAAGAACAUCUCUGUAGACUACAAUCUUUUCAAGCGAAAACGCGAUGCUGUGAUUGAGCGAUUGAACGGUAUCUACGAGCGGAACUGGAACCGUGAAGGGAUCGACCUUGUGCACGGAACAGCUACCUUUGUUGGACAGAAGGAGCUCGAAGUCACACUGCAAGAUGGCAGUGGGAAGGUUCGGUUCACCGCUCCGCACAUCCUGAUCGCUACCGGCGGCUACCCCAAGGUCCCCAAUACUCCCGGUGCCGAGCACGGAAUCACUAGUGAUGGGUUCUUCGAAAUCGAGGAUCUGCCGCCGAAGGUUGCCGUUGUCGGUUCUGGAUACAUCGGUGUUGAAUUGGCGGGCGUCAUGCACACUGCCGGCGUCGAGACGCAUCUGUUCUGUCGCCAUGAGACGUUUCUGCGAAAGUUUGACCCAAUGAUCCAGCAUACCAUGACAAAGCGAUACGAAGAUGUCGGAAUGAAGAUCCACAAGAACUUCACUGGAGUCAAGGAGGUCAAGCUUCUACGUGAAGGCAAAGGCGCAGAUAAGCUGCUCAGGCUGAUCAUGCAUGACGGCAGCGAGAUAGAAGUCAACGAGCUGCUUUGGGCCAUUGGUCGAUCACCGGCCGUUGACAACCUGGGUCUCAAGGAGAUUGGUGUAAAACAAUUGCCCGGUGGAUAUAUCGCUGUUGACGAUUUCCAGAACACCUCUGUCGAAGGCAUCUACGCGCUCGGUGAUGUUACUGGAAGAGCGGAACUGACUCCAGUUGCCAUUGCUGCUGGCCGCCAACUUGGAAACCGUCUCUUUGGGCCCCCCGAACUGAGAUCAUCCAAAUUGUCGUACGACAAUAUCCCCACCGUCGUAUUCUCUCAUCCAGAAGUCGGCUCUAUCGGCUUAACAGAACCCGAGGCUGUGGAGAAGUACGGAAAAGACAACCUCAAGAUUUACCACACUAAAUUUACAGCUAUGUUCUAUGAUAUGAUGCCCCCAGAAGAAAAAGCUCAUAACCCGACCGAGAUGAAGCUCAUCUGCGCGGGUCCUGAAGAGAAGGUUGUUGGCCUACAUAUCCUUGGUCUCGGAGUCGGCGAGAUGCUACAAGGCUUUGGCGUCGCAGUGAAGAUGGGUGCCACGAAAAAAGACUUUGAUAGCUGUGUUGCUAUUCAUCCUACAUCUGCUGAAGAAUUGGUCACUUUGAGAUAAAUCAUGGAUUCCACUCCAUCUUGGGAUAUCUUUCGAUGUUUAUAUUGUUUGAUAGAAGUUACACUCCUUGGGCUAUUUGCAUAUGCAUAUUGGAAAACAUUUUUAGUAGAAAGACGGAUUUAUUACCUAC